UGCCGGGAGGGAGGGGGAGGAGCGGCUCUGACGUACAGGUAACUGCGCCCCUGCCGGGCGCGCUGAGACCCCAGCCCUGAACCCCCUUUCCGUUGCUUCACGGCGCACACUUGUGAAGUAGGGGCUUAGCGAGCGCCUUUGCCCUGUCCGCGCUUGUGCCACACUCAGCGUGAGUCUCCCAGGUCCUGUCCCGGCCGGGUCAGCUUCGGGACGCCUUGGGGGCCGAGAUCCUCUACCCUGGGCCCGGCACCUACUGCUGUCCCCAGACACAGACCGGGAGCUCAAGGACGCAGGUGUCCAGUUUCCCUUAACCUUGAGGACCCGGAAAGGGUGUGCACCAUGGCCAUGGCUAGUGUCAGGUUGCCCACCAGUAUUUUAAGAAAACCAGACGCCUGGAUUGGACUCUGGGGAGCAAUACGAGGGACACCUUCACACAAGCUCUGUGUUUCCUGGAAUCAAUACUUAUAUUUUUCUAGUACCAAAUUAAAUGCAUCAAAUUAUAAAACACUUUUCCAUAACAUUUUCUCACUGAGACUCCCAGGACUUUUACUACCUCCAGAAUAUAUUUUCCCAUUUUCUAUAAGACUCAAAAGUAAUGUAACCUCUAAAAAAUCCACUAAGAAGACUCUGCAGAAAGUUGAGGAUGAAGAGGACUCUGGUGAAGAGAGUGGCCAUGACGAGCUGAGUGAGCAGGAGGAGGGGCUGGAGGACGACCCCAGCGUGGUCAGAGACUACAAAGACCUGGAAAAGGCCGUGCAGUCUUUUCGGUAUGACGUUAUCCUGAAGACAGGCCUGGAUAUUGGAAGAAACAAAGUGGAAGAUGCAUUCUACAAAGGUGAACUCAGGCUGAACGGGGAAAAAUUAUGGAAGAAAAGCAGAACGGUGAAAGUGGGAGAUACAUUGGAUCUUCUAAUCGGAGAAGAUAAAGAAACAGAAACAGAGAUAAUGAUGCGGAUUCUGCUGAAAAAAGUGUUUGAAGAGAAGACCCAAAGUGAAAAAUACAGAGUAGUCUUGCGACGCUGGAAAACGUUAAAAUUGCCUAAAAAGAGUAUGAUUAAAUAAACGAAUUACUUUUUUUUAAGUGAUAAAGCUGCUGUCUAAUGGUGGGGAAAGGAGCUAGCUCAAAAAACAGACAUUUUUAUUAAAAUGCUCGUAUCCUUUGUGGAAUCUACUGGGCCAUCCUAUGGAAAUUGGAACCCAUAUCUCGGAGACACUCCUGGUGGCCUGGGUUUUCCUCCUGGACUUAACUUUGUGCUUGUUUGGGCCUCCUGGGCAGGAGUGAGGUGUGCGCCGAGUGCCGGAAGCCCAAGCAGGGUUUUAGGGGCCGGCCUGCUGUCUCCGUGUUAGCCGCCUCACGAGGCGGUGUGGAGUGCGCUGGCCCGGGUGUCCGUGUUCUCAUUCCAGCUUCAUCCCUGCUGGUCCGCUUCCCUGGGCUCCGGCUUCUUAAAGGAAAACCGAGCCAAGUGAAGGUUGCCCUUCAUAGCCCAGGGGAGCAUCGGGAGCCCCCAUCCACCACUGGCCUUUCUGAAUCACCCACAUGCUGGCCUUAGUUCCCCUUCCGUUUGUCUUUACGAGUCUGGGUGAGUGAAGGUCCACCGGAUUCCAAGUGGGAAGUCAGUUAGGGCUCAUUUAAAAUUAAUUGUCUGGGGCAGGGGUUGAUAAACUAAGGCCACCAGAGGCCUUUCGUAUGGCACUCAAGAAUGGUUUUUACAUUUUUAAAAGGUUAAGAAACAAAAAGGAAUGUAUGACAUAGACCUUGUGUGGCCCACAGGGCCUAAAAUAUUUACUAUCUUACCCUUUACAGAAAAAAUGUGAUGACUCCCUAGUGUAGGGUAAUAGGCUGAGGGUUUAAUUUUCAGGUGAAAGUAGAAAAUAGAUAUUUAUCAAUGAAGAGAAUAAAGACUCAGAAGCUAAGUAUCCUAAUUCUUAAGAGUUACAAAAGGGACAAAGCUUAAAAACAGAGUAGUAUUAGAGGGUACACCCGCAAAUAUAGGCCAUUUAAGGAAAGGCCGCCUGCAUAAAUACACUAGUCUUUAGACU